AUGAAGUUACUAGGUUGGAUGCACAGAAAGUUCCGGCAGAAUAGCAGUGAGCCUAUCAAAGAUUAUGGUAUCGGGCAGCCAUCUCUUGAUGACGAGCAAUACUACCCAAAGUCAAACUAUAGCAGCAGACCCCUAAGACAAGCACAAAGAGACCACUCCCUCCGAAAAUCAUUUGCAGGCCUUGAAGCAGCAAGAAUAGAUGAAGAUGACUUCGAAGAGGAAUCAUCAGCUGCAAUAUCUGAUUUGUUCCAUGGGUUUCUUGCAAUUGGCACACUUGGUUCAGACCCCAUCACCACUGACCCAGCAACCCCCACAUUUUCCAUCUCUGUUGAGAAUAUAGCUGAAAAAGAAACUGAAGUGACAGAGAAUGAACUGAAACUUAUUAAUGAAGAGCUGGAGAAAGUGCUGGGAGCUGAAGCAAAAGAAGAUGGUUGCAACGACUCAUCUGGGAGAAACAGUCACGUCAGUAACGGGAGAAGCAGUCAUGGCAGUACUAUUACACUUAGUGGCAAGUUGGAAGGCACAGAAAACAAUGGAAAUGGAACUGCAGUUUGUCCACUCCAGGGUUAUCUUUUUGGGUCAGCAAUUGAAUUACCAGAAACAACAGUAGCAAAGAAGGAGCACAGGACAUCACUUGGGGAGUUGUUCCAGAGAAGUAAAAUAGCAGAGGAGAAUUCUGGUCCUAAAUCUGAGAGGGGCGAGAAGCGUUCAGAAAAGGAAUCUGACAAAUCUGCUGUGCAUCUCAUGAAAAAGAUGCUAAAGAGGAGAAUGCUCCAUGCUUCAUCUAGGAGCUCUACUGCAGCUGGUGCUGGAACUGCUGAUCCAGCUUCAGCAGAGACAAAAUUGCAUAAGAUCCUACAUAUGUUCCACAGAAAAGUCCAUCCUGAAAGCUCAACAGCCACACGAAAGUCCGACAAAACCCACAAAAAUGAGAUCAAAAACAUGUCCUAUGAUGGUGGGUACGGCAAUGGAGAACGGAUGCUUCCAGAUGAAGACAUUACUAUAAUUCCACAUAGACCACUCUUGAAGGAUAGCAUACGCCGCUACAAGUGUCAAUCUAACCCACCUCAAUUCACACUUGGUGGAAGCGAUUCAAAUGGAAAUAGGGAGUAUUGGAUCAAAAGUGAUGCAGAUUACCUGGUGUUGGAGCUCUAAAAGGCAGAAGCAGUCAAUUAUGAUUUUUUACCAGUAAGAAGAGUUAUUGUAUCUGUAGUAUUCAGUUUAUCGCUGUUUGCUGCUAUUGGCGUGUGAGUGGUUGUGCUAUACUGAGAUAGAGACAAAUGAAAGAAUAAAAUAGGCACUUUUAGCCUAUCCAUGAGUGUAUGAUGUAAAAUUUAAAGUAUACUUCUCUAAUAAAUUACUAAUAAACAUCGUUCUGCUA